AUGAGAGCUGUUUUUCGGGUGAUGUUUUACGUCUCAGUUUUGGUGGAUACAAUCACGGCGGAAGGUGAGUACGUCGUUGUUACUUUACGAAAUAGUAUCAACCAGCCUGACUUUGAAAGGCCAAACGACAACUACACCACGAGAGCUGUUUUUCGGGUGAUGUUUUAUGUCUCAGUUUUGGUGGAUACAAUCACGGCGGAAGGUGAGUACGUCGUUGUUAAUUUACGAAAUAGUAUCAACCAGUCUGACUUUGGAAGGCCAAACGACAACUACACCACGAGAGGUGUUUUCCGGUUGAUGUUUUCCAUCUCAGUUUUGGUGGAUACAUUCACGGCGGAAGAUGCAUGCCCAAAUGGCUGGUACAAUUGUAAUGGAAGAUGCUAUGGGUUGUUUACCAACCAAACUCACAAGCUAACAUGGGUCGAGGCAAGAGAAAGCUGCUGGUCUAAAGAUGCCUUCCUGGCUGCAAUAACAAACGAUGGCGAAUAUGGGAGGGUGGAAGAGGCAUGCAUGAAGGAAACACUUCGCAACUUGAAUAACACAGAGCCACUCCCGUAUGGUCAAUAUGAACCACAGAAAUCUAUAUACGCAGGUUUAAUGACUGGUGCUCGGACAUGCGACUUGAUGGUGAAAACUAUAAAUCAUAUGAAAACAUCUGAGGUCAACAUUACAUGGAGUCAAGCAGAAUGUACAGAAAAUGUCACAGAUGCGUUCAUGUGUGUAAAAGUGAAGGAAUCCGGUCUGGACCAGGAUAACAACAGCUCAGCAUGUCUAGCACCACCGCCGUGCUCGUGCUCCAAUUCCCUCGAGUGGUCAUUUAUUGAUAUGCUGCAAGGAGAAAUCAAUUGCGAAAAUUUAGGACUGUCUACAAUGCCAAUUGACAUAUUACAAUAUGUUAGAGGCGUGUUUGUACGUGGAAACAAAAUACUUUACAUAGAAAAUGGGAUGUUUCAUGGAAUGCCAAAUCUCAAGCGUUUGGAUCUUGGUGGAAACGAGAUACAUGAAAUCUUUUCAUUCGGAUUCAAACGGCUGAGUCAACUUGAAAAGCUUUAUUUAUAUGAAAAUAAGAAACGAAUGAGGGUGGGUAGCAGAUCAUUUGGAGGGUUACACAAGCUUAAGGUAUUGCGUCUAUCUCGUACUUUUUUGGAAUAUCCAAUAAACAGUAAACUGUUUCAAGAUUUAACUUCGCUGGUGGAAUUAAGCAUUGCAGGGUGUGAUAUAAAACGUGCAGAAAAUAUGUUUCUUCCAAAUCCACAUUUAGUACAAGUAUUAGACAUAGAUCCACUAGAUACAUUCAAUGAUAUGUUUAGAAAUCCAACAGAAUAUAAAAAUCUUGAUAAACUACAUGUAUCUGCAGAAGGAGUUUCAGGAAAUAAGUCAAUAUCAGAUGGACAAUUUGAUGGGUUGAAUAAACUGAAAACUCUAAUUCUCGAUAUGUUAGAUAUACCACUUCUACAACCGGCUAUGUUUGGAGGUCUUGAUUCACUGACAGGCCUGAUAUUAGCGAAAUGUCAGAUCUAUAUGAUCGAGAAACACGCGUUUUCCCAACUUAGAAAUCUUGAAUUAAUAAUGAUUAACCAAAAAGCAUUGCCAAAAUAUCCAGUGUCAUUAUUUCAAGGACUAGAUAAUUUGACUUAUGUUUCGAGCUAUCAUGUGGAAUUAUGCUGCAUCGUUCCAACAACAGUUAAAGAAUGUUAUCCACAGCUAGACCACCUGUCUUCGUGUGGAGACCUGGUGAAGAACGACAUACUUAGGGUGUCUCUUUGGACAUUUGGUAUAUGUAUACUCCUUGGGAACAGUGCCGUUAUUUUAUUCCGCUACAGAGAAGCCGGAACGCAGUAUAACUAUAUUAAUCGAAUAUUGAUAAUGAAUCUUUCAUUGUCGGAUAUGAUAAUGGGAAUAUACAUUAUCAUAAUGGCUUCGACAGAUAUAAAGUAUAGAGGCAUCUACAUUCAAAACCGGGAUGCCUGGAUUAAAAGUGGUUUAUGCAUGGGUUCUGGAUUCAUUGCAUCAUUAUCAAGUGAGAUGUCUGUGUACAUCCUCGUUGUCAUGACGCUUGACCGGUUCCUCAAAAUAGUGUUUCCCUUUAAAAUCUGGUUGCACUUUUCCAAGCGUGCUGUACAGGGUCUUCUCAUCGUUGGCUGGACUCUUUGUAUAACUUUAACAGCUUUACCACUUCUCCCUCUUGAUUACUUUAGUCCUCAUGAAUUCUACACGCAAACUGGCUUCUGCUUACCGCUGAUGUUGAAUUAUGAUUCUUCAAAAGAAGCCAUUUUAAACGAAGGUGUAAGCAACAGGCAGGGGGAUAGAUUUGCUUUAGACAGACAAAAGCAGCAACCUUAUUCCCACUUCAACGGUUGGGAGUAUUCUUUUGCUCUUUUCAAUGUUGUCAAUCUGUUAGCUUUUCUUCUUAUAGCUACUGGCUACUUGGCUAUAUUUGUUGCUACGAGAAUCGCUAAAUCAAAAACCAACCAAGGCUCGGGACAAGAGCAAGACAGAAGGAUGGCAUUAAAAUUGAUGUGGAUCGUAGCAACUGACUUUUGCUGCUGGGUUCCAGUAAUAAUCAUGGGAUUUCUAACCUAUUACAAGGUGGCGCUGCCAGGAGAAAUUGUUGCCUAUGUUAGUAUAUACAUACUGCCAAUCAACAGCGCUAUCAACCCGAUACUGUACACAUUUAGCACACUUCCCUGGAACAAGCUAUGGGCGAGGUGCAAGUGUAGAUCUGCUCCUGAGCCAGCACAGGCGCCAAACUUAAGGAACACACGUGAUUCAGAUUCAGAAGCAUCCGCCACUAAACUGUGA